AUCUCAUAUGAAGAUUACAGAGAUAAAUUUCCCAAUCUGAAACUAAAACACACCUCAGUGAAGUUAAAAACAUACACAGGUGAAAGAAUAACUCCCUUGGGAAAACUGAAAGUGAAAGUGGAAUAUGAGAAGGAUAAGUGCAACCUGGAACUUUAUGUUCUGAAAAAUGGAGGUGUGCCAUUAUUUGGGCGUGACUGGUUGAAACACAUCCACCUCAACUGGAAAGGAAUAAAGUCCAUGAGACUAGCACAUGGUCUGAGUGCACAUCCUGUGGAUGAAAGACUGAAACAGACACUCGAGAAGCAUGCUCAGGUGUUCAAGGAAGGUAUUGGCACUCUGAAAAAUAUUAAAGCACAGAUCAUACUGGAGGACAAUGCAAAACCCAGAUUUCACAAAGCACGUCCUGUACCAUAUGCUGUACGGCCCAAAGUCGAAGCAGAGCUCCAACACCUGGAAGAGCAAGGAAUACUCACCAAGGUGGAAUGGUCAGACUGGGCCACACCAAUAGUAUCAGUGAGCAAGAAGGCAAGUGAUAGUGUGCGAAUCUGUGGUGAUUUUAAGGUUUCAGUGAACCCAGUCCUCCGCAUCGAUCAGUACCCACUCCCACGAAUAGAAGACAUAUUCACAGCAGUGGCAGGUGGCAAACACUUUUCAAAAAUCGACCUUGCUCAAGCUUAUCUUCAGAUGGAAGUAGAAGAGACAUCCAAGAAAUAUCUAGUGAUAAACACUCAUAAAGGCCUAUAUCAGUACAACAGACUGGUCUUUGGUAUCGCCAGUGCCCCAGCAGUAUGGCAACGCGCUAUGGAUCAGGUUCUGCAGGGCAUUCCAGGAACGCAAUGUUUUCUGGAUGACAUAAUCGUCACAGGUGUCGAUGAGGAGACUCAUUUGGCUAACCUAGCAGCAGUCCUGGCCAGGUUAGAAAAAUAUGGACUGAGAGCAAACAAAAACAAAUGUGAGUUCUUCCAGGAUGCCAUUGAAUAUUGUGGCCAUAAGAUCGACAGGCAUGGACUCCACAAAACCAAAGACAAGGUUGACGCAGUCUUGAAGGCACCGGAACCUAAAAAUGUGAGCCAACUACGCUCAUUCUUGGGCUUAAUUAAUUAUUAUCACAAGUUUCUACCGAACCUGUCGACAGUUCUGCACCCCCUGCACUUGCUGCUGCAACAAAAUGUCAAAUGGAAAUGGACAAAAGAAUGUGAAGAGGCAUUUAAUGGUGCCAAGCAGCUCAUUACGUCAGAGGAGGUGCUGACGCAUUUUGACCCAAACCUACCCCUUCGCCUUGCCUGUGAUGCCUCCCCAUAUGGCAUCGGUGCUGUGCUAUCUCAUAAAAUGCCUGAUGGAUUGGAACGACCAAUUGCUUUUGCCUCAAGGUCCCUAAAUGCAGCAGAGCGAAACUAUGCACAGAUCGACAGAGAAGCGCUCAGUCUAGUGUGGGGAGUGAAGAAGUUUAAUCAGUAUCUAUAUGGAAGACACUUCACCCUGAUUACAGACCACCGACCGCUGGUGUCCAUUUUUAACCCUCAGAAAAGCAUUCCAACCAUGGCUGCAGCACGGUUGCAGCGGUGGGCCUUAUUCCUUGGUGCACACACUUACACCAUUGAAUUUAAAGGGACAAAACUGCAUGGGAAUGCAGAUGGACUGUCACGCCUUCCACAAAGGCAAACCACUGAAGAAACCACUGACCCAGCAACUGUGUUUCACGUGGCACAGAUGGAACCUCUACCUGUCACCAGUGCUCAGGUGAAAAGAGAAACAAGCCGAGACACAAUCUUAUCCAAAGUGUAUGAUUUUACUGUGAAUGGCUGGCCAUCCUCCAGUGACACUCAAUUAUCUGUGUAUUCUACCCGCAAAGACCAGCUAUCUGUUUGCCAAGGAUGUGUCUUGUGGGGAACCCGUGUCAUCCUUCCACCCAAACUACGUACAAGGGUACUAGACUCACUACACGAUGGACAUCUGGGUGUUGUUAAGAUGAAGAGUCUUGCUAGGAGCUAUGUUUGGUGGCCAGGCAUAGACUGUGAAAUAGAGAACGUGGCUAAAUCCUGCACUGGUUGCCAGCAGACACUGCGCCAGCCUCAACCAGCACCUGUACACACAUGGGAGUGGCCAUCCACUCCAUGGCAACGCAUUCAUAUAGACUAUGCUGGACCAUUUAUGGACCAAAUGUUCCUGAUUGUGGUUGAUGCUCACUCAAAGUGGCCAGAAAUUUUUCCUGUGAAGCAAGCAACAGCUGCCAGCACAGUCAGCAUCCUUCGAUCACUCUUUGCACGCACAGGUUUGCCACAACAGCUUGUAAGUGACAAUGGCCGUCAGUUUACUGGAGAGGAGUUUCAGAGUUUCCUCAAGAACAACGGUGUACGACAUAUGACUUCAGCUCCCCAUCAUCCAGCAACAAAUGGACAAGCUGAACGGUUCAUUCAGUCCUUCAAGCGGUCAAUGAAAGCCAGCCGAUUGGAGGGAAAGCCAAUGCAACACAAAAUCGACAGCUUCUUAUUGGCUUACAGAAACACCACUCAUGCAACUACUGGACACACACCUGCAAUGCUUUUCAUGGGACGAAAUCUGAGAUCACGUUUGGAUCUGUUAAAACCAGACAUCCGCAAGAAUGUCCAGGGCAAACAAUCUUCUUUGGUGGAAACAACAAAGAACCGAACCAGAUCAUUUGACAUUGGACAAAAAGUUCUUGCCAGAGACUAUAGAGGCCCAAAUCAGAAAUGGCAGUCUGGCAUGAUUCUGUCACAGACUGGACCUCUGACAUACAACAUUAAUGUUGGAGACAACUUAAUCUGGCGGCGACAUGUUGAUCAGAUUGUAGAUGCAGAAACCCACAUGGUUCCAAGGCAACCUGAGAGCACAUCCACAUCUCAGGAUUCAGAAGAGUUUAUCUUCGCAACACCUCCUGAGGUUCAGGGUUUAGGUGAAACCACUGAUGCCCAAACAGCCGAACCUUCCACACAGAGUACUAUGGACUCUGGCCAUUCUGGCAGACGUUACCCUGAGAGAAAUCGCAGAGCACCUCAGAGACUGAAUUUAUAGAUUUCCAGUUCAUUUUAUAAGGAAACAGUUAAAAUGUUUAGAGUGAACAAUCUGCCACUAUGUUGUAGAUCUCAGAGUAGUUAUUAUGUUUCUGUUACACUCUCUGGAGCAAAUUUAUUGGGUUACAGCAUUUCCUAGAAUAUAUUUUGGUGCUUGAUGUUAAUUGUGGUUCAUCAAAGCUGGAUGGGAGGAACUGUUAUGUAUUUAGCAUUAGAAAUACAUGGUUCAGUGGCACUAUUUUGUGUUUAAGUAGAACAGCACCAAGUGUGGCGUA